GUCGAUUCGUCCAGAAGUUGAUGCUGUCGAUUGUCAAUGUACUGGCUGCCUGCUGAGCCGGUAGUGGAGGUGGAGGGAGCAGGGGCAGGGGCUUGAGGGUUCCAUGUGCGUCAUUAGUCGGCUUUCGUUUCUCGCGUGAAUUCCUCGUUGUGGGACAUGGGAGUCGGUCGGAGAUUAUUGUGCAUCACGGAGGAUGCCUCGCUUUGAUAAUGGUGGAUUCUAGACGACGAGUUUGGACUUCUCGGAAAAUGUAUGAUCACAGCAGUGCGUAGACUAUGAGUUCAGUGGAUCCAAGACGCGCUAGGAUGCAGAAGCCGCUGGGCUGAAUUCGUUUGCGCAGAGCGCGUGUGUCCUGAAGAAGCUAAGCUUCGAAACAUGUGCUUGUUCUCGGAUGGGAAAAGAGGGUCUACUACCCUUCAGAGCUUCGGACGGAGGACGUGUAAUCGUACUUUCGUCGCCUUAUCAUACGAUCAGAGGCGUUUCUGGGAGGGAAUGCCAUGGCUCUGCGCGGUUUGUGUCUAGUUUGUUUUAUGAAAUUUAUCCUAUAGGUGAAAACGUUCCUCUGGCAUGAAAACGAAUUUUUUACUGCAUUCAAUUUCGAGCACUGGAGCGUAGCUGGAACAAGGCGAAAAAUGCCACCCGCUACUAUGCUUCCUCCUUCUGACCAGGGUCUCACAAUGGGCCCGUCCUCGAGCUAUUCUAUCCCCGCAAGGAGGAAAACUCCAUCUGAACUUCGGCAAGAACAGCUGAAGCGCAACGUGCGGCUAAGAACAGCGUCAGAAGGAGAGUCUGGCGCCCUUCCAUUCCAAGGAUCAGCUACAGAAUCGAAGAAGGUCACGCCUCGUUUAAUUGAUACUCGAGUUGCUGAUAUUUUCGCGGCCACAAAACCCCACGAAAGACCGAAGUUUUCUUCUCUGAAGCAAAUGGAUGACAUGGUCGGCCAUCCCCCGAUGCCGUCAGCUGCAAUCAGGAGGCCUACCGAUCAGGAAAACAGGAUGCCUGCUUCUGGUGAGAUGCCAGGUGUUGACUCGUAUAAUUGCGCUGCGGAGGGUGGAGUUGCGAACCAUUCAGUGCAUGCCGCUCACAUCCUGAAUAAAUUUCGAGACGUUACUCAGAUGUCCACUGUGGCUCCACUCGAAACAUCCGGGUCUGGUUUGAAUAUGGUUGAGGCUCUGAAGAUGAUGGCACCAACAUCAUGGGGACAAGGCUUGAACGAGUUAGCAACUAAGCCUGUAGGCCUUGCGAAUGGCCAAAACGUGCUAGUGCAUGACGACCAUACCACUCUUUUGAAGUCGAAGACUCCACCUGUUGAUUUUUCCUUGAAGCUUAGUGCACGAUUCUUGUCAGCCGAUUCUCUUCACUGGUGUCACAGAACAACUGUUUCCAAUGAAACAGAAGGCCUCAGUAAGUUCGUGAGAAGGCUAGAAGAACGCAACAAAGAAAAUGUGGACAGUCAGGUUGAAGAAUGUGCUGAAAAGCAGAUCUUAAAGCGGUUUGGGGCUCAGUUCUGCAAGGCUCUCUUCUCUUGGAUACAUCCUUCUCCUCAAUAUUCGGGACUGUACGACCUGGCCUUGACAUCGUCACGAGGAGAUUCCAGGAAAGACCCACAACUCACAGCACUGUAUCAAAUGUGGGAGGAUGCCUUCACUUCUUUGUAUUAUAUGUUCCAUCACAGAGUCUGCAACCAAUUUUAUUUUUGCACCCAACAAUUCGUGGUGAUGUUCGUGGGAGGAAACGUGGCCGGGAGAGAUCAUAAUUCCUCGAAUGCUUACUGGUCUAGAUCCACUCGGGGCUUGAGAAGGUUACUCAGAGAGCAAGGUGUAGAGUUUUUGAUGCCUUACAGCAGCCCAGAAGCUGAUACUACUACAAUGGAAGAACUCCAGGAGCUGACCGAAUUUGAGCAGUUGCACCCGGGACAGACAAGAGUAAUGGACUCAUCAUCAGUUAUGGACAACAGUCCACAAUCUGUUUUGGUAUUUAAGGGGAAAAAUGUCCACCGUCUAUUUGACUUUCUCCUUAAUUACAGGUUCGUAGUUGGAUCUGCUAAUGCGAAAGAAAUUCCGGUUCUCUAUUCUCCUGUCGAAUUUAAAACGGCAACUCUGCACGCUCCUGAGAUCAAAUGCAAACGCGCGGAGUACGAUUCUUCCGCCAGGAAUCAACUUGCCGGGAGCAUGACUGGAAGGAUGAAGGGAACCAAUGUCCCCGAGAUGAUGUACUCUCUUGAAGUGAAGGAUGCCUACGGGGCUUACAUCCCUCCAUGGGUUGUACAAGGAGUCUGCAGAGUACUCGAGGAGUCGCAGAGUACCGGUUUUGAAGUAAGCUUUAAUACAGGUCCACUAUCCGAAGUAUUGAAUGUGGCCCAGAAGACCCCACAGUCAGCUGCAGGAAUCUGUCUUACAGAGAUUGAACGUGAACCGAAAUCCAGAAGUGGCAACGCAAUAUUGAUUAAAGAUAUUACAGCAGAAAUUCAACAGUGUAAACAGAAGAUGGUAAAGCAGUUGAAAUUUGCGGAGGGUUUCUACGAAUUAUCAGUAAAAGAUUCUCGGUAACAUUUCCUCUUUUCUGUGUUUGAGCACCGGGAUGGUUUCUUCUAGUGCAUUCUUGAGUUUUUGCUCACUAGAGAUCGUUUGGUUUAUCACUACUGGGAUUGUCCUCAGGCUGGUAAUCAUCACCAUGACCCAUUCGAGUCCACACAUGACAGAAGUCACCGUCAGUACCAAAAAUCCAAUGCCCACCAGUUUUCCGAGAUACUUGAUUAUAAUUGCCACCUGACGACUAUUUCACUCAUUAGUGUUUCACACUCGCAUUGUAUUUCUGUGGAAAACAAUACCCCAACAUGAACAAACCGGGGACUUUCAAAUCACUUUCAAGACGUCAAAUUAAUCCAGGGAAAACUUGUUUGAGACUAUGGGCACCACCAACGCCCAGAGUGCAACUACAAAUUUACUUUUACAUCAGAGUAGCUGAAAGUAUGCAUCAGUGCGAGUACCCGUAGCACGAAGUACACCCAAGUUAAUC